GCCUGCAAUGGUACUUUUUUCAAGAGCCACCUUUUACUGGAUGUUUGUGUCUGUUCCAGGGUUUUCCUCCGGGCAGUGAACCAGUUUACCUCUGUACUCAACCGUUUCUUUCUGGAUCAAGCAAACUUUGAACUCCAGCUCUGGAAUAACUAUUUCCAAUUGGCAGUGGCCUUUCUCACUCACGAAUCCCUCCAGCUGGAGACCUUCUCGCAAGCCAAGCGCAACAAAAUUAUCAAGAAGUAUGGGGACAUGAGGAAAGAAAUUGGCUUCAAAAUAAGGGAUAUGUGGUAUAAUCUGGGUCCCCACAAAAUAAAAUUCAUUCCGGCGAUGGUGGGCCCAAUCCUGGAAGUAACACUGGUCCCCGAGCCGGAGCUACGCAAAGCUACCAUUCCCAUCUUCUUUGAUAUGAUGCAGUGUGAGUUCAACUUCAGUGGGAACAGAAACUUCCAUAUGUUUGAAAAUGAGUUGAUAACCAGGCUGGACCAGGAAGUGGAGGGUGGCCGAGGGGAUGAACAGUACAAGAUUUUGCUGGAGAAACUCCUCCUGGAACACUGUCGGAAGCAUAAAUACCUGUCUGCUUCCGGGGAAGUGUUUGCUUUGCUGGUCAGCAGCCUGCUGGAGAACCUGCUGGACUACAGGACGAUCAUGCAUGACGAAAGCAAGGAGAACCGCAUGAGCUGCACCGUCAACGUGCUGAAUUUUUAUAAGGAGAAGAAACGAGAGGACAUUUACAUCAGGUAUCUGUAUAAACUCCGGGACCUGCACACAGACUGUGAGAACUUCACAGAGGCAGCGUACACUCUCCUCCUCCACGCAGAGCUGCUCCAGUGGUCUGAGAAGCCAUGUGUCCCUCACCUUCUGCAGAGGGACAGCUACUAUGUCUACUCACAACAGGAGCUUAAGGAGAAACUCUACCAAGAAAUUAUCUCCUUCUUCGACAGGGGCAAGAUGUGGGAAAAAGCCAUUCAGCUAAGCAAAGAGCUGGCUGACAUGUAUGAAAACAAGGUCUUUGAUUACGAGGGACUUGGUAAUCUCCUGAAAAAACGAGCUACUUUUUAUGAGAAUAUUAUGAAGGCAAUGAGACCCCAACCAGAGUACUUCGCUGUUGGAUACUACGGGCAGGGUUUCCCCUCUUUCCUCCGGAAUAAGGUUUUUAUCUACCGUGGCAAAGAGUACGAGCGGAGGGAGGACUUCAACCUGAAGCUGCUGACGCAGUUCCCCAGUGCUGAGAAGAUGACCAGCACUGCCCCUCCAGGAGAGGACAUCAAGUCUUCUCCCAAGCAGCAUGUGCAGUGCUUUAUUGUGAAGCCUGUGAUGAACCUGCCGCCUAAUUACAAAGAUAAACCUGUUCCUGAACAGAUACUGAACUACUACAGAGCAAACGAGGUACAGCAGUUCACCCACUCCCGACCAGUCAGGAAAGGAGAAAAAGAUCCAGACAACGAGUUUGCUAAUAUGUGGAUAGAAAGGACAACCUACACAACAGCGUAUUCAUUUCCAGGCAUCCUCAAGUGGUUUGAAGUCAAACAGAUUACAACGGAAGAGAUCAGCCCCUUGGAGAACGCCAUAGAAACGAUGGAGCUAACCAAUGAGAAAAUCAGCAACAUUGUCCAACAGCAUAUCUGGGACCGGAGUCUUCCUGUGCACCCCCUCUCUAUGCUCCUGAACGGGAUUGUGGACCCAGCAGUCAUGGGGGGAUACACCAACUACGAGAAGGCCUUUUUCACUGAGAAGUAUCUGCAGGAGCAUCCUGAAGAUCAAGAUAAAAUUGAACUGCUCAAGCAACUAAUUGCUCUGCAGAUGCCACUGUUGGCAGAAGGGAUUAGGAUCCACGGUGAGAAGCUGACAGAACAGCUGAAGCCUCUGCAUGACAGACUGACAGCCUGUUUCAAAGAGCUGAAGAAGAAGGUGGAGAAGCAGUAUGGUGUGAUAACCUUGCCUCCCUCCCUCACCGAAAGGAAGCAGAGCAGGUCGGGCUCUGUGGUGCUGCCCUAUAUCAUGUCUUCCACACUGAGACGCCUCUCGGUCACAUCUGUGGCGUCUUCUGUGGUCUCUACGUCUUCCACGUCCUCUGACAGCACGUCCUCCAGACCGGGCUCAGACGGGUGA